UACAUCGUGUAUUGCGAAGAAUUACGGGGGGUCGCCACGUUCGACGACCUUGCUUUGACUUUGGAACAUCGAUACGUCGCGAUUUCAACUCUUCCCCGCGGUUAGAUUUAUCCAACAGGAGUCAACUACGUGACGUUACUUGUCCCAUUAAUAAAGAUUUAACGAGUCUCGUUGUAUCCAGUAGUAUUCGCUUUCUCUUCAGAAAUAUUGCGGCAAGUAGAACUACAAAGAGAAGCAUCAUUAUGGCGCUCAACAAGCUCAGCAUUGAUAAAAUUGAAUUGACGGAUAAAAGGGUGCUUAUACGAGUCGACUUCAAUGUACCGUUAAAAGAAGGAAAGAUAACGAACAAUCAGAGAAUCGUUGCUGCAUUAGAUACUGUGAAAUAUGCCAUCGAGAAGAAAGCCAAGUCGAUCGUUUUAAUGUCCCAUUUAGGACGACCUGAUGGGAAGAGGGACGAAAAGUAUACAUUGAAACCUGUGGCCGAGGAAUUGAAGACUCUAUUAGGAAGAGACAUUUUGUUUUUAAAUGACUGUGUUGGAUCUGAGGUAGAAGCUGCUUGCGCAAAUCCAACACCUGGUACUAUUAUCUUGUUAGAAAACUUGAGAUUUCACAUUGAAGAAGAAGGCAAAGGAGUAGGUCCCGAUGGAAGUAAGGUUAAAGCUGACAAAGAUAAGGUUACAGAAUUUAGAGCAUCUUUAAGAAAACUAGGAGAUGUAUAUAUAAAUGAUGCCUUUGGAACUGCUCAUCGUGCUCAUAGUUCCAUGAUGGGAGAUGGAUUUGACAUAAGAGCAAGUGGUUUUCUGUUGAAAAAAGAACUGGAAUACUUUGCAAAGGCUCUAGAUAAUCCAGAAAGACCAUUUUUGGCUAUACUUGGAGGAGCUAAGAUUGCUGAUAAAAUUCAAUUAAUUAACAAUUUGCUAGAUAAAGUAAACGAAAUGAUUAUUGGAGGUGGUAUGGCCUAUACAUUCUUAAAAGUGUCCAAAGAUAUGAAAAUUGGAAAUUCACUGUUUGAUGAAGAAGGUGCAAAAAUUGUAAAUGAUUUGUUAGAUAAAGCGAAAAAAAACAAUGUCCAAAUUCAUUUGCCAGUAGAUUUUGUGACCGCCGAUAAGUUUGCAGAGAAUGCAACAGUGGGAGCAGCAGAUGUAGAGAAUGGUAUACCCGACGGAUGGAUGGGUUUAGAUAUUGGCCCAAAAUCGAGGGAUUUGUUUGCAGAACCCAUCAAGAGAGCAAAAGUUAUAGUAUGGAAUGGUCCAGCAGGAGUGUUUGAGUUUGAGAACUUCAGCAAAGGUACAAAGAGCUUGAUGGACAAUGUUGUUGAAGCUACAACUCGAGGAACGAUCACUAUUAUCGGAGGCGGAGACACGGCGACGUGCGCAGCCAAGUGGAAAACAGAAGAUAAAGUGAGUCAUGUGAGCACUGGUGGUGGUGCGAGUCUGGAACUUUUGGAGGGUAAAGUAUUACCUGGAGUUGCUGCCCUCUCUCCGUCGUAAAUUUGUGUCUUCAUAAUGAACAUAAUAUGCCAAUUAAAGGCCAAUUUUGUCAAAGAAAGCAUAGAGAUAUCAUGAUGUUUAUCAUUUUCAUAGAAAUUUAACGAGUAGCUGUUAUAAGGAAUAAAACUAUUCGUUGGAUUUAACGCUGGUAGGAUUAUUAUAAGAAACAAGAAAAAAUUAUCAACAUAAUCAUCAACUGUUUUGUUUUCAGAGUCCCCCAUUUCAUAAGAAAUAUUAAAAUUAUAUCUUUUCAGAUAUUUAGGUCUCCAUAUUACAAUUACAUUAGUGUAAAGUUGUAGAUAUACAUAAUGAAUCAAAUGUGCAUUAUAUAUAAUGUAAAAUAUAUUAGAAGAAUAUUAAACCGAUGUUAUAUAUUAGUUACUAAGAAAAUAAUUGUAAGAUGGAACAGUCACCGUUAUUAAAUAUAAUCGUCCGUGCACGGUAAAAUGUUCACUCAUAGUUUCGACACAAAUUUCAGAUUGCUCUGCAUCAUAUAAAAUUGUAAAUAUGUUAUGUUUUAUUUAAAUAUUAGUGUGAUUAUAUACUUUCGCUGAUAUAAUGUGUCAAAAAUAAAUUCCGAUAUCUUA